GACGUCGCGUUGACGUUGCGCGGGGGGAGGGGAAGCCACUCGCGGCCUCUGGUUCUCGGCGGGAGCGGCGGCGGCAGACGCGUGUGGCGACCGGCGCGGGAAAGCGGCUUCCUAGUUGGGGAAGCGUUAGCCCCGGGGACCCAGCAGCUGUCACCGGUGAGCUACUUGGCCCUUCAGCAAGCUUCUAGGAGCUUGAGACCUUCAUAGUCCCCUCCAACUCUCAGCUGGAAGGAAAGAUGGUUGAAGCAGAUCGCCCAGGAAAGCUCUUCAUUGGUGGGCUCAAUACAGAAACAAAUGAGAAAGCCCUUGAAGCAGUGUUUGGCAAGUAUGGACGAAUAGUGGAAAUACUUUUGAUGAAAGACCGUGAAACCAACAAAUCAAGAGGAUUUGCUUUCGUCACCUUCGAAAGCCCAGCAGAUGCUAAAGAUGCAGCUAGAGAUAUGAAUGGAAAGUCCUUGGAUGGAAAAGCCAUCAAGGUGGAGCAAGCUACCAAACCAUCAUUUGAAAGUGGCAGGCGUGGACCACCUCCACCUCCAAGAAGCAGAGGCCCUCCCAGAGGUCUUCGAGGAGGAAGUGGAGGAACUAGGGGACCCCCUUCUCGUGGAGGAUACAUGGAUGAUGGUGGUUAUUCCAUGAACUUUAACAUGAGUUCUUCAAGGGGACCACUUCCAGUAAAAAGAGGACCACCACCACGAAGCGGGGGACCCCCUCCUAAAAGAUCAACGCCUUCAGGACCAGUUCGAAGCAGCAGUGGAAUGGGCGGAAGAGCCCCAGUGUCACGUGGAAGAGAUAGCUAUGGAGGCCCUCCACGAAGGGAACCCCUGCCGUCUCGAAGAGAUGUGUAUUUGUCCCCAAGAGAUGAUGGAUAUUCUACAAAAGACAGCUAUUCAAGCAGAGAUUAUCCAAGCUCCCGUGACACCAGAGAUUAUGCGCCGCCACCAAGAGAUUACACAUACCGCGAUUAUAGUCAUUCCAGUUCACGUGACGACUACCCAUCAAGAGGCUAUGGUGAUAGAGAUGGAUACGGUCGGGAUCGUGACUAUUCAGAUCAUCCAAGUGGAGGUUCCUACAGAGAUUCAUAUGAGAGUUACGGUAAUUCGCGCAGUGCACCCCCUACACGAGGGCCGCCGCCAUCUUACGGAGGAAGCAGUCGUUAUGAUGAUUACAGCAGCUCACGUGAUGGCUAUGGUGGAAGUCGAGACAGUUACUCAAGCAGCAGAAGUGAUCUCUACUCAAGUGGCCGUGAUCGUGUUGGCAGACAAGAACGGGGGCUCCCCCCUUCCAUGGAAAGGGGGUACCCUCCUCCACGUGAUUCCUACAGCAGUUCAAGCCGUGGAGCACCAAGAGGAGGUGGCCGUGGAGGAAGCCGAUCUGAUAGAGGGGGAGGCAGAAGCAGAUACUAGGAACAAACAAGACUUUGGAUCAAGGUCUCCAAAAAAACAAAAGAUGGAAAAGUCUUCUGUCAGAACCACCCAAGGACUACUAAGAAAAGUUGUGUUACCUUUUUAAAUUUUUCUGUUUUAAGUUCCCCUUUAUCAUUUUUGUGUUCUUGUGAGGAUAAAAGUAAAACAUGAUUAAUUUUGAUAUUAUGAAUUGCUUUCAACAGCAAAUGUUAAAUGUGUAAGACUUGACUUGUACUAGUGUUGUAAUUUUCCAAGUAAAAGUGUCCCUAAAGGCAA